AUUGAAGAACUUGAAUCCUUAUCAGCAAAAAGUGCACAAGAAAAUCAAAAAUUAAAGACGCUUGUUGAAAAAUUACAGGAUGAAAAUUUCAUACUAAAACAAACCAGUUUUAAUUUUGAAUUUCCUCUAACCAAGACAGAUGAAUCAACAACUGUUAUCGAUAAGGAUAUCACGGAUCUCGUGUCGCCUCAGGCUGUAAAAUCUACACUGUCUUCGACCCCUAGUGAGAACACUCUUAAUCCCUACACCCCUCCGUCAUCGAAUGCGAGUGAUGACGAACCAAGUACGCCAAACCCAACACCAGUUGGUGAAUCUGAUACAGUCAAUAAUGGAUCUAGUUCAUCGCAAAAAAGUUCACCUCAGAUAUUACCAUUAAUAUUUAAUAGUUAUGAUCCUUCCAUAUCAGUUACCACCACAUCUGCACCUGUAUCGGCACCAGUACAAUCACAUUCAUCUAAACCCAAAAAUGCCGAAGAGUUCUGUGAGAAGCUUACAGAUGGAAUAUGUCAGGGAAAUGAUGAAAAUGAAUCUUCAAACAGACUAUCUUCUGCAUUCACUGAAUAUCGUGAUCCCACACCAUUCAUUACAAAUGUUGAUAACCCUUUCUCUGAGUCAACUCCUUUAGCUCCGUUAUUUGAAGAAAAUCUCCAGGAUUUUGGCAGCUAUGCACCAAUGGCAACGCCGAUUGAUGAAAAUAAACCAUGUGGUUUUGUUUCAUUGGAUGACAAAAGCAAAAAAUUUUUGCCGUGUACAAAGGUAUGGGAAAGAAUCCAACAACAUCCGAAGUUUGAUGAUCUGGAGGGGGAUGAAAUUGAUCAACUUUGUGCCGAGUUAAAAUCGAAAGCAAGAUGUUCCGGAAAUGGGCCAGUCGUACCAGAAGAAGAUCUAGAAGCUGUUUUAGUAAAGCUGGAAGAAAAAUAA